AUUGUAACAAAAGCCACGUUCUGACAUACAGUACAGUGAAGUCUGCCACCCUAUAGUGAUACAACCAGGCACACAAUAUAGAGUGAUGACUCCAGGGCUUUAGCAUUAGGUCUGUGAGAUGUAUAAAAAAGGGACCAGGCUUGAUGCCCAAUCUGUACAUCUGCAGUUAUCUCACAAAUACCAUGACCAUGGGAAGGAUCAUCUUCUACGAAGACCGCAACUUCCAGGGUCGCUCCUACGAGACCAGCAGCGACUGCCCUGAGCUGACCACCUACCUGAGUAGGUGCAACUCCUGCCGGGUGGAGAGCGGCCUCUUCAUGGUCUAUGAGAAGCCCAACUUCAAGGGUCACCAGGUGCUGGUCAGGAGGGGCGAGUAUCCUGACAGUCAGCGUCUGAUGGGAAUCAAUAUGAGUGACUGCAUCAGAUCCUCUCGCAUGAUCCCUUUGCACAGAGGACAGUUCCGAGUGAGGAUCUACGAGAAAGAGAACUUCGGAGGCCAAAUGCACGAGCUGACUGAUGACUGCGAGAACGUGGAUCGUCUGCGCAUGUCCGACUGUCAGUCCUGCAACGUUAUGGAGGGCCACUGGCUGAUGUUUGAGCAGCCCAACUUCCGAGGAAGGAUGCUGUACCUGAAGCCUGGCGAGCACCGCAACCUCCGUGAGAUAGGAGCCAGCAACAUAAUCAGACUGAGCUCCAUCCGGCGCAUCAUGGACUCCUGUUAG